GUCGGAGCCACCCCCCAGGGCCUUCCGUCUCCCUCGCCCUCGCACGUGCCAAACCCUAUUAGUGUUCCGCUACUGCCCUUCCCUCAUCGGUGCUACUACCACCCCUAGCCGCCUUCCGCCGCCCAACAGUUCCCCCAUAAUUAGCAGCGCAGGCACAACAUCCCAAUUCCCACCCACGCACGGUCCCAUCACCCCCCGGUCCACCCGUAUAAUUUUUGUCACCGCCCGCUCUCCUCCUUAAAACCCCCUAUCUCAGGUCCCGACUCGAAGCUUCGAACGGACUUGGGUGGAAGAAAGAAACGCAAGUAAAAAGCCCUACUUUUUUUAACCCGACUUCCUCUGUUAUCGAAAAUGGCGGAGGGAAAGGAGAAGGGGAGGGACGUGGAGGAGGCCGGCGGCGCCGGCGCUGGCGAGGGGUGGAGUAGGAUGGGGAGGAUGGUGGCGGAGGAACUGCGGGAGCUGUGGGGGAUGGCGCUGCCGAUCACCGCCAUGAACUGCGUGGUGUACCUACGGGCCAUGGUCUCUGUGCUCUGCCUCGGCCGACUCGGCCGACUCGAGCUCGCCGGCGGCGCCCUCUCCAUCGGGUUCACCAACAUAACCGGCUACUCCGUCCUCGUCGGCCUCGCUUCCUGUCUCGAGCCCCUCUGCUCCCAGGCCUACGGCUCGCGCAACUGGGACUUUCUGUCUCUCUCGCUGCAGCGCGCCAUCCUGCUUCUCCUCCUGGCCGCCCUCCCCAUCUCCUUCCUCUGGAUCAAUCUCGGGCCCAUCAUGGUUACUCUGGGCCAGGACCCGGCCAUCACCGCUGUCGCCUCGUCCUACUGCCUCUACUCCCUGCCGGACCUCGUGACGAACGCCUUCCUGCAGCCGCUCCGAGUGUUCCUCCGGUCGCAGGGGGUGACGCGGCCGAUGGCGGCAUGCUCGGCGCUGGCGGUGGCGCUGCACGUGCCGCUGAGCGCGUUGCUGGCGUUCGGGCUGGGGCUGGGGGUCCCCGGGGUGGCGCUGGCGGCGGCGGCGACGAACCUGAACAUGGCGGUGUUCCUGCUGGUGUAUCUCCGGAGGCGGCGGGUCUGCGAGCUGACGUGGCGGGGGUGGUCGCGGGAGGCGCUGAGGGGACUGGCGCCGGUGCUCCGCCUGGCGCUGCCGAGCUGCGCGGGGGUCUGCCUCGAGUGGUGGUGGUACGAGAUCAUGACCGUGCUCGCCGGCUACCUGCCGGACCCCACCUCCGCCGUCGGCGCCACCGCCGUCCUCAUCCAGACCACCAGCCUCAUGUACACCGUCCCCAUGGCACUCGCCGCCUGCGUCUCCACUCGGGUUGGCAAUGAGCUGGGAGCUGGCAAGCCUUGGCGGGCCAAGUUGGCGGCCCUGGUGGCGCUGGGUUGCGCGCUGGUGAUCGGCGUCGUCCACGUGGUGUGGACGGUGAUAUUCCGGGAGAAGUGGGCGAGACUGUUCACCAAGGACGCGUCGGUGGUGAGCCUGGCGGCGGCGGUGAUGCCCCUCAUGGGGCUGUGCGAGCUGGGGAACUGCCCGCAGACCACCGGCUGCGGCGUUCUGCGGGGGACCGCGAGGCCGGUCGUCGGUAUGAGGAUCAAUCUCCUGUCGUUCUACCUCGUCGGCACCCCGGUGGCCGUCGGUCUCGCCUUCUGGCUCCGGGUGGGCUUCGGCGGGCUCUGGUAUGGGCUCCUUUCGGCGCAGGUGGCCUGCGUGGUGUCGGUGCUGGUGGUGGUGUUGGGGAGGACGGAUUGGGAGGUGGAGACCUUGAGAGCAAAGAAGCUGACCAAUUCGGAGCUCGGAGAUAUAGCUGAUGAAGAGAAGAAGGGACUCUUAUUAGCUGAUAGUAGUGUGGAGGGAGUAUAGAUAGAACAAGACAUUAAUACUGCUAUUGGAUAAGAAGGAUGGAUGGUUUUUACUUGUACUUUUGGCUGUUGGAGGUGGUGGAGGGAUCCACUCUUGGCGUUUUGCUGCUUGCAAGCAGUGGUGGGUGAAUGCAUGAGAUAAGGAUGUUAGAGUGUUUAAAGUAGGGACUUGUUUUGGUUGGAAGGAUGGCUCUUAGUUUUGGGCUGCUUCUUUGUACAUGGUGGGCCUAUAUGGGCUGGCUUAUCUUUUCCUCCAUUCUCUUUGCUGUUUCGCUUGUUCUGAGAUGGAUGUCUAAAGGAAGUGGGGUAAUGAAUAGGUGUAACUAAAUUUGGAGCUUGUGAUGCCAUGUAGCGGCCACUGCUUUGUUUGCAAAAGGUGGCAUGAGAUGAUGGAAGGCACCAAUGUCCUUACUUCAGCUGGAAGCAUCUUUUUGUCUCCA